AUGGCCGCAAUCUGGAAAACGAUCUUAACCAUCGUUUUAUUAUAUGUUAUAGUAAUCGAUGCCAAUCGAGCUCGUCGUCGAAGACAAUCGGGAUUAAAUCCGCAAUCGGCUAAUCCAAACGUUCCUCCAAAUACAAUAAAUGCAGCAACAGAUGCUCGCCAACAACCAAUGCCACCGAAUCCACAGAUCUUAAAUGCUCAAGGCCAACCACAACUUAAUCAACAGCAACAACAACUUAGCCAGGGUGGUAUUGGUAUGCCACGAGAUGUCAACGCACCGCAAAAUCAAGUCGGACGACAAUAUUAUCCGUAUCAAAACCAACAAUAUAAUUACGGAUCACAAGGUUCUGCCUACAAUCCAUAUGGCAAUUCAGGAGGUUAUGGUAGCCAAUACGGAUCAAGUCAAUACGGACAGUAUGGACAAGGUAUGGGACAGUAUGGUAGUUUCUAUCAAAAUCAAUAUCCAAGUUCGGGUAAUUUCUAUUCGGGCUCAGGUUAUUCCGGUAGUAGUUAUAAUCGUCCGGGUUAUCAAUCGAAUUACUAUCCUUCAUCGGGUAAUUUUGGUAAUUACUAUUGGAAUGCUGGCGAAAAGCAAAUUGUUAAUCGCUUUCUUGUUUUUCUUUGUUCGUUACUCGCUGUAACUAUUUGUUUGAUUGUUUAA